AUGCCUUCUUCUUCUUCUUCUUCUUCCAAUGUUCAUCAAAGCCCUUUCAGUGAUAAUCCUUACUGGUACUACAACAUCCAUACUUGGUUAGCAAUGCAGAUCUCCACAGCCUUAAUGACGAAAGCCCCGACUGACGUCGUCCUCCAUUCAUUCAUUAUUUACUUAAACUUUGCCACUCAAACAAUCUCCAGUUUAAUGAACCAAACCUUUUAUUCCAAUGAUGAAGAAUUCCCAUUAACAAUUGAAACAAAGAUUUUCCAUGUUGGAUAUCUGGGCAAUGAAUCAGCAAGACUCAUGCAGGAGCAGGUUAUCAAUUCUUUCAUGAACACCACAAACGGAGCAGCAUUGUCCAUUGAGAGACGUCAAUGUCACGAUGGUACCUGGAUUGAGCAUGAUCAGAUCUUGAUUGACUUAGAAGUGGUGGAGAUUGACCAAGAUGAGGAUUUAAGUGGGAUGAUUCUCCAGGAAUCUUUUGAAGAUGCAGAGUUGAGAGCUUGUACUGAGCCUUCAUUAAGGAUUGCAAAUCAGCUUUCUAAACCUCUUAUUGGGGAUGAUGGAAAGAUCUAUGCUUGUUCAGAAAACAACCUUUUCUCAUUUAAAAGCAAAGGAACAAUUGCAAGGAUUAUUCCCCUUGGUUUCAGAUGUAAUGUAGAUAUACCCCCAGUUAGUGAUGGAAGAGGAAAGAUAUAUUUGAUUGCAGAGGAAAGGAUACUAAAAAUUACUCCUUCAGACAUUGUUACAUCUGAGUCCAAAGUUGAAACUUUAUUUAGCCUUAAUUCUACAAGUGAAGGAUCAGAAAAAAUAGUAGGACUUUCAGUCAGUUCAUUUUAUUCAUCGGUUUUUAUUACCAUUCGGAAUCGUGGACUCUUUGCAUUUUAUAUGUGGGGGCAACUGAUGUGGAGUUCUGGACCUAUGCUUUAUCGGUUUGGCUAUCGUCAAGGAUGCAACAAGAACAUAACACAUUGUUUCUUUAAUACAGCCCCUGUGGUUGAUCAAUGUGAGGGAACACUCUAUAUUUCAAACACUGAGGGGCAGCUUUAUUCGUUGUAUAUCCGGCAACCGCACUUCAGAUGGAUCCAAGAUUUCAGUUUAGUAGACAAGUUUCUAACAGUAACACCCGGCAACAAUGGUCGGCUAUUUGUCACUUUUCCUAGAAAGGCAUUGCUAGUGGCAUUAGAAGUUUCGACUGGAAAUGUCCUAUGGCAAAGCACUGUUGGUCCUUUAAGCAUGGAAGACACUUUGCCAAUUGUAGAUUCUAAUGGUUGGGUGUCGAUAAGCUCAACUGAUGGUUACCUCUACUCAUUCUCACCAACUGGAAAUCUGAAGAAGUUACUUCAGAAAACAGCAAGUGAUUCAGUGGCUCAAGUUAGUCCUGUCCUUGAUUGCUCAGGAUUUGCGGUUUAUGUUUCCCAGACGAUAAUGGAGUCCAAAUUGAUUCAGAACAUUAGGAAUUAUACUUAUAUAUCAGGAGUGAAUCCACAGAAAUUAGUUGUUACUCUGUUGGCUCCAGCCACAGGAACUGUGUACUGGAUCGGAACAUACCCUGGUGAUUUGUCAUCUUUCUUAUCAAAGACUGACCUGCGCUACUUUGCAUCUGAUGAGAGGAUUCUUCUCGCAUUUCUCUCUUCAGAAAGGAUUGGGAGCACUUUGCCAUGCUACACUAACUAUCAGAAGCUCUCUUGGACCUGCUCACAAGGAGAGUCAAAGUUUGUGUACCUUGAUUCAGGUAGUGAAAGAGCACUCCUGCUAUUCUUGCUGUUGCAACUUGUGAUUAUAUUCAUGUUAGCUGGGAUUGUUCGAUUUUGCUGUGUAUUCUGGAGAAAGAAGAGACUUCAAGACCACGGCCUCGGGAAAUUCCUUGAGACUAGAUAUUCUCUUCACAAGAAGAAGCGAACAUUAAGCAAGAUGAUCUCAGAGUUAGAGGACAAGCCGGCAACAAAUGAAGUAUUGGAACAGCUAGGUGAACUUGUGAAAGCAAAGGAUGGUGUAGAGAAGAAACUUACUACUAGUUACAGUCUAGGGAGGGAUAGUGUUGGUUCUAAACGACAUUCUAUUCUACCAUUAUAUGAUGGUAGUUCAAGAGGCCACUCUUUUCGUAGUACAAAGAAGGAAACUGUAACUAUUUUUAAAACACUCAGCGAUGAUGAUGAUGAUGAUGAUGAUGACGGGGAUGAGUCUACUUCAGGAGAAAGAUGCAUCAGCAACAGAAACAGCAGUGAAACUGGCAGCAGCAAUGGCAAUAAUGAAGACAAAUAUAUCGGGUCUUCUUCGAAAGGCAAGGAGAUCAUCAAAGACACAGCGGAUGUGGAGUUUGUUGCACAGCGGAGUGGCAUGGAUCAUCGACAAUGUGAAGGGAUUCUAUGGAGGAGAAAUUUGUUCAAGAGAAGGACACUGUCUUCAACUAACUAG